AUGAAAACCGACGAUUCCUCAGUCCCAGUGACACUGCUGGGAGGCUUUCUUGGAUCCGGGAAGACAACGAUCCUGAAGCACAUCCUCGAGAAUCAAGUCGGCCUCAAAGUCGGAGUGAUCGUGAACGAUGUGGCGUCGGUGAACAUCGAUGCCAAGCUUGUGAGAGGGGUGACUUCAUCCUCGGUCCCUGGAGGAAGCGACACCAUCGAGCUGCAGAAUGGCUGUGCCUGCUGUUCCAUCAGCGACGAGCUCUUCAGCGCGGUGGAGAAGCUUGUGGAAACAGGGAGGGCGCGGGGCAACCAGUUCGACCACAUCCUUGUGGAGCUGUCGGGGGUUGCGGAGCCCUCGAUCGUCAAGUCGAACUUCGAGCGAGGGAAGGCAGCUGGACUGAAGUCUGCCCUCGAUGCGAGGAUAAAGCAGAUCGUUACGGUGGUGGACUCGAGUGAGUUCGUGCAACAGUGGAUGUCGGAGGAGCGGCUGGGGGAGGUGUCGCGGUUGGCCCCAGAGGUAGGGCAGGACUGUGCAGCUGCUCGAGCUGUGUCGGAGUUCCUUGCCGAGCAGAUCGAAGCGGCCGACGUGGUCGUGCUGAACAAGGUGGACAUGGUGGACUCCUCGACCGUAAAGACAACUGCUCGGAUCGUUGAUGGACUGCUCCACGAAAAGAAGCACAAACUGAUCGAGACUAGCUGGGGAAAGAUUCCGAUCCAGUCUCUCUUCAGCGAAGAUGCGGAGGUUGACCUUUGCUGCGCCAUCCUGACGCCUUCCGUAGCUCAUGGACAUUCUCAUUCCCACGAGCAGCAGAAGACAACGGCAGAGGAGAAGAUCGGAAUCUCCUCGUUCGUCUACAGAGCACGAAGGCCCUUUGACACAGACCGGCUGUUCAAACUGGUCAAGAGCUGGCCCAUACCUCGCAAAGACGCAGAGACGUACCUCUACAAACUGUUAAACGAUCGAGAGUUCAUCAAGGGUAAGGAGGAGACCUCCGACGGGCGGGUGCUGCAGCCGGUCUUCAGGAGCAAGGGCUUCAUCUGGCUGGACAGUAUGCCCACCAGGAUUCGCUACUGGUCGCACGUGGGCAGGUACUUUGCGCUGGAGGAUGCUGGGAAAUGGUGGGCAGACACCGAGGAGAAGCUGCUGGAGGCGGUGAAGGUUGCGUCCCCCUCGGACUACGAGGCCAUCAUGAAGGAUGACUGGGAGGGAGAGUUUGGAGAUAGGAGGCAGGAGCUCGUGUUCAUCGGGGCGGGGAUGAAGGAAGAGGCAAUCCGCAAGGCUCUGGACCGAUGCUUGCUGACGGAAGAGGAGAUGGUGAAGUUCAGGCAGGAGCUCGAGCAGGUGAUUGAGGCAGAAAGCAACCCUCGCUUCAAGGUCGGAGACAAAGUGGUUUGCCAGUGCGGCACUUGGCUCCCCGGUAAGGAGGAGGAGGAAUUAGGGGGUUGCCUGGCAGGAGUAGAGGAGUAG